AAGGUCGCAGAGGUUCAGAGUUGUUUGUGUCCUCGGCUGAAGAUGCUCAAUAUGUGAAACAUGUUCGACAGAUGCCGCUGGUCCAACGUUGGCCUCAUUUUAAUCCUGCUUUAAUUCAACGAUUAACCUUCGAAGCAGCUCUAAAAUGUGGGCUUUAAUUGGAAUAAUAACUGUCUGUGUUGCGGCGUCUUUGUAACCGCUGACGGUAAACAGACGAUGAUUCUGGGAUCUGUCGUGUCUCUCAUUGGCUGUAGGUUUGACGGACAUGUCCCGCCUCCUCCUGUGUGCUUUCGUCACGGUCGGCCUGUGGUCGGCGUCCGUCAUCAGUCUGACAGUGUUCUCGGAUCCUCCGAAGGCCCACAUGCUGCUCCGUUCGCGGCGCGCCAACUCCAUCUUUGAGGAGCUGAAACCUGGAAACCUGGAGCGGGAAUGUGUGGAGGAGAUGUGCGACUUUGAAGAAGCUCGAGAGAUCCACGUCACCAGAGAAGCGACACUGGAGUUCUGGACCGUCUACACCGAUGGGAACCAGUGCCGCUCCAACAUGUGCGUUCAUGGAACCUGUGUAGACCUGUACCAGGACUACGCCUGCCGCUGUAGGCCUGGGUACGAAGGCCGAUACUGCAACCAGCCUCAAACGGCCACCGACUGCUUGGAGGAGAACGGCGACUGCGACCACAUCUGUGAGGAGAGCGAGGAUGGCCUGUCGAGGCGCUGCAGCUGCCUGAGUGGAUACAAACUGCACGACGACCACCGCACCUGCAAACCCACAGGUUCGUCGUCCUGCGGUCAGCUGCUCAUCAGUAAGUCGUCCUACAGUGACCCCAUAGACGGCCUUCAGCCCUGGGUGGUGGGAGGGGAGGUGGGCAAGAAGGGGGAGAGUCCGUGGCAGGUGAUGCUGCUGAAUGCCAGAGGAGGUUUGCACUGCGGAGGCGUCCUCAUCGAUCAGAACUGGGUCCUGACGGCGGCGCACUGCCUCCGCAACAACCUGAGCUUCAGAGUCCGACUGGGUGACUACGAGCGUAUCCGGUACGAAGGCAGCGAGGUCACCAUGAGGGUGGUGAAGGCCUUCAAACACCCGGACUACAACAGCCGAACGGUGGACAACGACAUCGCCAUGCUGCGCCUGGAGAGCCCCGCCCCCUUCUCCACCUACAUCAUCCCCGUCUGUCUGCCGGGGCGCGACUUGGCCGAGGGCGUCCUCCACCGCAACGGCACCGUGACCGUGGUGACGGGCUGGGGCAAAGACGACAUCGACAGCACCCGCUUCAGCUCGGCCCUGAACGUCAUCAAGAUCCCGCUGGUGGACCACAGCGUCUGCGCCCAGCAGAUGACCAACAACGUCUCCCACAACGUCCUCUGCGCCGGCAUCCUGGGGAAGAGCUUCGACGCCUGCGAGGGCGACAGCGGCGGCCCCAUGGUCACCCUGUACCGCAACACCUGGUUCCUGGUGGGCCUGGUGUCCUGGGGCGAAGGCUGCGGACACGUGGACAAGCUGGGCAUCUACACCAAGGUGUCCAACUACAACGAGUGGAUCCACAGGGUGAGGGACGAGUGGGACAAUGGACAGCACACGCCCACCGCCUGAGCCACGCCCACCGCAUGGGCCACACCCACCUGUCCACCCCAAGCAGCCGGGUCCACAUGUAAC